GUCGUCGGUUGGAGUUGUACGUGGUCGAAUUACCGUGUACGAAUAAUUAUGGAAUUAUUGUCGUCCGUGUAACUGUUCCGUCUCGGUGCUUUUUGUUUUUUUUGCUGGUGACAAAGAAAAAUUACGAUGUAUCGUUUUUUAUCAGUCGUUUUUGCGUCGUGUCUCUUUUGCGCGUGCGGCGCCACGCAAUCCAAAGGCGUAGUGUCUCUAGACUCAUUGACUUUCGACAAGGUUCUUUCAAAAUUUAAAGUUUCAAUAGUCAAAUUUGAUGUUGCGUAUCCGUAUGGCGAUAAACAUGAAGAGUUUGUUAAACUUGGUUCUGGUUAUCAGUCCGUUGAUGACUUGCUUGUAGCGGAAGUACCCAUCAAAGAUUAUGGAGAUAAAGAUAAUGAAGAUUUGGCUAUUAGGUACGGCUUGACGAAAAAUGAUUUCCCUGUCGUGAAAUUAUUUGUGACCGGCCAACCAGAGCCUUACACUUAUAAUGACGAAGAUUUCAGCCGCGAAAAAUUGCAGACCUUUGUUGUUAAACAUUGCAAAUCAAUUUUGUACAUUGGACUUCCUGGUACAUUAGAAAAGUUUGAUGGUCUCGCAGCAGCGUUUGCCAAAGAAAAUGUUGUUGACAAGCGCAAAGAAAUUUUGUUAAGAGCUGAGAAAUUGUGGGAUGAAACUGAAGGGAAGCAGAAACAAAAAUCAGCCGAAGUAUAUGUGAAGACUAUGAGAAAAGCUUUAGAGAAAGGUGACGAGUUCUUCCAUUCAGAAACUGUACGCAUUAACAGUAUACUUAAAGGUUCAAUGACCAAAGAAAAAAAAGCAGACUUGGUUGUUCGUUUGAAUAUAUUGGAGUCUUUCAAAGUUCAGCAUGACGAGCUAUAAAAAUUUUGUUUGGAUUAUAUAUAAUACUUAUUUAUAUAGAGGGUUAUGAAUUAUAUUUUUUAUUAUCUCUU